GUGUGUCUGCGUGAUUUAUUUUCGUACACACGCCGACUGUCGACACUUUUUUCAUACAAGUCUGAUAUGAAAAGCAUAUUUCAUGUACGUCUUCACCCCUUUUAAACUUCUCCCCGCUGUUGUAAUUCAAAUGUGAAUCUUGCAGGGAUGAUAGCGGACAGGAGCAGUUAUUAGGUAAGCAGGGAGUCGACAGGUAACCAAAGAAAACGGGGCUCACACCGUUUGCAGCCGACUUUGGUUGAAGGUCCGUCUUCGGCCACUUCUCUUCUACUUUUGUCUGGCUUCUACUUUCUUCGUUACCGGCUUGAAGUUCGGUGUUUACCUCGACAGAAGAAAUCAUGACGGAGGAGAAAACAAACAUUUCCAACGAGCUGUUCGAGAGUGUGCGGGAGGCGGUGGGCCGAAGGGUGAAGCUUGCCCUGAGGCGUAAAGUCCAGCUGGAGGUCAAAGGUGACAAGGUGGAGAACAGAGUUCUGGCGUUGGCGUCACAUCGAGCCUAUCUGCUGACAGCACGGGUGCCUUCCAAGGUUGAGCAAUCAUUCAACUACUUGGAUAUUCAGGGAAUCAGCAGCAACAAACCAUCUCAGUUGAUUUUGGAGCAUGACCGUGGGCCUUGGAGCUUCCGGCUGGGCUCAGUUGAGGAGGUGGAUGAGGUGAUUGCUCAGAUCGGCAACUGUCUUCACCGGAUCUGUCCUGCCGGCUCACCUGUGAAGUUGAUGAGGAAGUUGAAUUUGAAACCUCCAGAGAGGUUAACAGCCCUGCAGGCCAUCUGGAGCGAACAGAGUUCAGCUGACUUAGGACCCUGUGGUGGCUUUUCUCAUCAGUACUGGUGUGUGUGUGACAGCUUGGGUCUGCCAUACAGAGAGGAGGUCCAAUGGGAUGUUGACACAAUCUAUUUAAGUCAGGACACUAGAGAACUGAACCUGCAGGACUUUGUUCAUCUGGAGAACAGGGAUCUUGUGGCAAUCAUUGCAGUUCUGGAAUACAACCAGUGGUUCACCAAGCUAUCAACCAAAGACUACAAACUGUCUACAGAUGUUUGUGACCAGAUUCUCAGAGUUGUUGCCCGAUCCAGUCGACUAGAAGAAUUGGUUCUGGACAACGCUGGACUGAAAAGUGAUUUUGCUCAGAAACUUGCAGGUGCUUUGUCACACAACCCGUCCUGCACGCUGCACACACUCAGUCUGAGCAACAACUCCCUAGAGGACAAAGGUGUCUAUGCGCUGAGUUCUCAGCUAGCCAAACUGCCCAUGGGCCUAAAGAACUUGAAUCUCUCAAAGACCUCCAUGUCUCCUAAAGGUGUAAACAGCCUCUGUCAAGCACUGUGCGCCAACUCCAUCAUCGCCUCCACCCUCACACACCUCGACCUGUCGGGAAACUCCCUGAGAGGAGAUGACCUUGAGAAUUUGCACAAUUUCCUGUGUCACCCAAACUGUCUUGAAACUCUGGAUCUGUCAAACAGUGAUUGUUCCCUGGAGCUGGUGUGUGCAUCUCUGUGCAGAGGAUCUUUGAAGCAUCUUGCUAUCCUCAACAUGUCAAGAACAGUCUUCUCUCACAGGAAGUGCAAAGAAAUCCCUCCAUCCUUCAAGCAGUUUUUCAGCAGUGCUCAGGCUCUGACGUCCGUUAAUCUAUCAGGAACCAAACUGCCACUGGAGGCUCUGAAAUCGUUGUUGUUGGGCCUUGGUUGUAAUCCAAACCUCAGUGAUGUUUCUCUGGAUCUCAGCAGCUGUGAUCUUCGUUCGGGAGGCUCACAGAUUUUGGAGGGUUGCAUCGCUGAGAUCCCAAACAUUUCCAGUCUGGAUAUUUCAGACAACAGUUUGGACAUGGAUCUCACCACCCUUCUUGUGUGGUUGGCCAAAAACCGCUCCAUCAGGCACCUUUCGUUGGGCAAAAACUUUAACAAUAUCAAAUCCAAAAAUGUUGCCCAAGUAUUGGAUAACCUGGUCCAUAUGAUUCAAGAAGAAGAAUCACCUUUGACUUCACUGUCCCUGACUGAUUCCAAGCUGAAAGCCGACCUCUCCAUCGUCCUUAACGCUCUGGGCAGCAACACCUCUCUGAUCAAGCUGGACAUCAGUGGAAACUCCAUGGGAGACAUGGGGGCCAAAAUACUAGCCAAAGCCCUCCAAAUCAACACAAAGCUGAGGACCUUAGUGUGGGACAGAAAUAAUGUCAGUCCCCAGGGUUUACAGGAUGUAGCUGCAGCAUUGGAAAAAAACUACACAAUUCGAUUCAUGCCUGUUCCCAUCAUGGAUGCAGCUCAGGCACUGAAAGCCAACCCAGAUAAGACGGAGGACGCUUUACUAAAGAUGGAGCAGUACCUGCUGAGAAACCACGAGACGCGUAAAUACCUCCAGGAGCAGGCAUACAGGCUGCAGCAGGGAAUAGUCACCACCACCACACAGCAGAUGAUGGACAUGAUGUGUGUGAGAGUCCAGGAUCACAUUAACUCUCUGAAGUUCUCAGAGGCCAACUCUGUUCAAGAUGACAUGAAGCUGGCAGAGAACCUCAUAAAAGAUGCAAAGAACUCCAAAACUCUGCUCCCCAACUUGUACCACUUAAAGAGUGGGGGGUCCAGAGUUGCAUUUGUUGCAGCCAUUCAGGACAAGUUGGAGUCAAUGGCUGGAGAAGUGGCAAGCGUAAUGGACGAGCAACUGCAGACCAUGCUGGUGUCUAUGGUUGAUGCUGCUGAAGGCCUUUGUCCUCAUGUGAUGAAGAGGAGCGGCCUUCGUCAGGAGCUGCUGAAAGCUGCUACAGGGAGGAUGACCAUUCCUUGCAGCUUUGUCACAAACACCCUUCUGGAGCAGUCUGGUGUGGACAUCAUCAACAAAAUCAGUGAAGUGAAACUCGGCAUGGCGUCCAUUCUGUCUGAUCGCAUUGUUGAUGAGAUCCUGGAGUCUCUAUCAAGAUCCCAACAUACACUGGCCGACCACCUGAUCAGAAAGGACCAUACAUUGCUACAUCAGGAACCCCAUUCAGAGACAGAAGUCAUGGAUGAAACUGUUCUACAUCCAGAGAACCAAGGCCAUGAUCAGAAACUAGAUCAAGACAAGAAACAUGGACUGACUGAUGAGGAGUCAUGCAUGAUGACACCUAAAUCCAAAAGGAAGAGUAUUCUUGUCAGAAUGUUGAGGCCUGUUUCUGUGGCAUUUGAGUUGGAGUUUGAUCUGGACAAAGCUCUGGAGGAGGUUCCAAUCCACGUUGAGGAUCCUCCUCUUCCUUCUCCUCCCCCACAAGUAUCAGAUAGGAUGUCAUAUUCUGAAGAUCUGCCUCCCCCUCCCACUCCAUCAGUUGGGAAGUCUGUGUGUUUAGGAGAGCUGCCACAGCUGGAGCACAAAACUCUGGAAAGUUGCACCAAAUCCCGACCGAAACUGAAAAAGAGAACAAAACCCAGCAGAACCCCACGUCAAGCCACUGGAAGCUCAGUGCCUCAUGAUUCAGAGCAGAAUAACGUGAUGGAAAAACUGGAUGAGGGUCUGGAUGACUUCUUCUCCAAGAGAGUUGCCAAACUCAGCUUUAGACUUCCCUCCAUAAGAAGUCCAUCAACACCAACACCAGAAGCAUCAGAUAAAAAACGUGACUCCAGGAAGAGCGGCUUCUUUAACCUCAUUAAAUCUCGAACGUCUCGGUCUGAGAAGAGCCAUGGAGCUCCCGCCAUCACACCGCCAUCCCUUGUACACGCUAACGCCACCAACACCUCCACCACAAGCCCAGUCACUGAGGAGGCCCCUCCUACCUCUCCUAUACCACCUCUGAAAAGUCCAACCUCUGUAGUGGAGCCUCAUCAGGAGAUCCAUGGGGCACAGUCUGCAAACCACACAGAUUCUGAGAUGGAGGUGCCUCCUACUUCCACUAAACCUGCAGGGGAGGAAAAAGAAACCAGGAAGGUGGAAGACAUGGAAAACCUGGAGAAGAAGGAAAGUCCUCCAAAGAAGGAGAAUAUAGAGAAGAAGGAGAACCCACACAUACAUCGCCAUAUUGGUGUUCCUAUGAUGGGAAAGGAUCUGCUGGCUGAGAUGAAGGCCAGACAACAAAAAACAAGACAAGACAAAAUGGCUGAAAAGAAGUCCGAUUCAUCGCCAGUCCUGGACAAAGUGGACUCAGACAAAUCGAAGUUAGAUGUACAUCCUGCGGUUUCCACAGACCCUGAAGACUCAAAACCUGAGCCAAUUCCCAGGUCCAAACCACCAAAUACCAUCCCCAAACCAGCCCCAGCCCAGACUGCUAAAGCACCACUGGUUGCUCGCACAUUUGGGCAGCUCAGUCCAACCAGUCCCAGGCCAUGCAGCAUCUCUGUCAUCGAUGAUUCAGAAGAGUCUGCCCCUGGCAGUGUGUCUCCCAAAGCACCACUUCCUGCUCCCCGUCUGAAGAGGGCGUCAUUGGAGCAAGACGGAGAGAGCACAAGCAGCAGCUCUGCAGGACUUUUGUCUCCACUAGAGGCUGAGUUUCCUGCAGGUGGUGAUGCUUUCGAGCAGCCCAACGUCACAGGUGCAGACUCCGGCAUCAGCGGCCGACAAUGGUCAUCUCUGAAGAGCUCGUCCAGUCCGCCUGGCAACGAGGAAGAACGCGAACGUGCAAAGUCCCUCCCUGGCUACGUGAGGCUUCCGUCUCAGACAGACAUGGAUCUCAGUCCAGCUGGCAGUGAGAUUUCAACUUUGAGCUCUGACCUCAAAUCUAAUAGCAAAUCUGAGGACGAGUCCGGUGACGACACUCCUUCAAUGUGACUCCAGCAAGACGUUCCUCAUCUUUUAAAUCUCAUCCCAGUAUACCUUCAGAACAAAACAAACUUUCAAGGGGAAUCAGUCUGUGUGUGGAAAGAUUUAAUUUGUGCUUCUUUCAGAAGCUUUCUAACAGCACAUGGCAAAGAAGAGUCCAAAAUGUUUCUUCAAUCUCAUACAUUUUCUGUUGUUUCACAUCUAAGAGCUAUAAUAGGUAUAGAUAUGUUACUACUGCCGAUAUAAACAUUGCUUUAUUAUGGAAAGCUCAUUUAUUCCGACACAUGGGAAAAUACAACAUAUACAAUAUAUUUUGUACAUAAAAAUGGGUGUAUAUAAAAGCAGUAUUGAGCUUUUGUAAUUCUGCUAAAAAUCAUCAUGAAUGGGGGAAAAUUGAAAGGUUUUGUUACAAAGUUUUUCUUAAGUCAACAGUUUAUAUUUCUGUCAUUUGAAGUAUACUUUACAAUGCUAACUUGACUACUGUUGCAUCAUUUUACCUUCAGAUUUAUCAGAUUUAUUACAGAAAGAAAUUUCUCUGAUUAUUUCUGUAUUAUAUAUUUUAUUCAGAUUUAAUAAAAGUGUAUUGGUACAUUAAUCAGUUCAUUUCCUAGGUUUUUUUUUAUUUUUUUUUAUUGUUUUUCAUUAUUAUUAUUUUGUGCUUGUAGAAACCAAAACAAU